AUGAAGUUCGCAAUAACAGUCGUGCUAGCCACAGCACUCCUCACCACCUCUGUCCCCGCCAUCGUCGUCCCACGCGGCGGCGGAGAAGGCGGCGACCCACCAAAAGACUUCACCCCAAUCAAGCCAGCAACCACUGCUCGCGUAGCCCCCGGACCAUACAAACCUCCAUUCGAAACAAAACAAGCGAACGCAAAAGCCAGUAAGCGCUCUGAGAAAGAGAUUCUUUGCGACGAAGGGGGCUGUUAUACCGUUAGUGUACCUCGUACCUUUCCUCCGAUUCCGCAACCGACAAAGACUGCUUCGGUUGCUACUCAACCUUAUGUCCCGCCUUUUGCGACCAAGGUGAAGCGGGCUGAUGAGGCAAGUGUGACAGAUUCUGCGGACGCACCUGUUAACACGGAAUUUAUUAAGAAGCGUGAGGAGGGGGGUGAGCCACCGAAGCAAUUUACUCCUAUCAAACCGGUGACUACUGCUCAUCAAGGUGGGCAGUAUGUACCGCCUUUUGGAGGGGAGAAGGGAGGGAGCUGAGUAUGUGAUGGUGGAUGGUUGGGUACUCUACUAGGUUAGUUUUAGUGGGCGAGCUUGUUUAGUUUGGGAAGUGAUAGGUAUUUGAGGAGUUGGGUUUGUUUAGAUUUAUGUGGCUUUGAUUUUAUAGAGGUUUAUGAAGUGUAUCGUAUUGAUCUUUGGAUGUGAUUGCUAUCUUUUGACUGCUUUAAUCUAUGAUUUCGAAAUUUUCAAGUGAACACCUGAGCUUCGACAUAUCUUCGCCUAAAGCAGCUUUGACAUAAUUUGAAGAAUCCAAACUAUUAGGAUAUAUACUUUUUCUUACCCAAUAUUCCUCAUAAUUUCCAAAAAUAGGUUCCACCUGUCUUCUUGAGGCUCUUAGAAUUACAUGUAGGAACGCGGGAGUUAUGUGCCAAUAUGUCGUAUUAAUGCAUAUAAGAUACAAGUCGCUUAGCCUUGAAUAUAAGGAUUUUUGAACGAUUUGAGAGUGCUUACGUAGCUAAUCGAUGAGUAUGAGUCUUUCUAGACUCCCUAACUUGCAAGAUGUGGUUGGCAGUUCUUUAAAAGUGAAGGUGAGGCUUCUUUUUUCUCCCAGAAAGGUUUCCAAAGCGUGAGGACAACCCUUCGAGACGCGCUCGAGGCAGGAGCUACUACACAAAAUCCGCCUUCCGCGCCCAAUCCAAGGAGUCGGAGGCAAAAUCAGACAAUCCUCUAUCACGAAAUCAAUCGCCCACACCUACACCUGCAACUGCACCUGCAUCCAAACUCGAGGCAUUCCAUCACAGCGCACUUCCUGGCGGUGGUCCCCGUGAUCAUCCUGUCUAUGUGCGACCGUCUCGUCCUUGCGUUUCUACGACAUCAGAAUCCUUUCCUGCAAAAGCCUUUCCACCUUCUCCUUCUAACCCUUCUCACCUUUACUUUCUUCGCGCGUCGACACUGGCGGCACCUAACCAACACCUACAUCGCGCAACUGCAAAGGGGCUCGACAUUGAUCUACAUUCGUCUUUCAUGGCCACAGGCUACAGCCCUUCCAAUUCUUCCGCGUGGCGCUCUCCUUCCUCGAGCCUCGCGCGACCACCGAAGCUCAACUUCGCCUUCCCACGCGGUAUCCUAGAUCGGUUGUACGUGGUGUUUUGACCUUUUAUUUGCUGCCUAAUGCUAACAAGAUUACUUAUUAGAUAAGUUUUCUCCCUACGCUAGUAGACCUGCCUCUUCCUAAUACGGUACAAUAUCUCUAUCACUCGCAAACAUCAUUUGACAACUACUGGCACCGUAUCCUAGCAUAGUCCAAAAUGACAGGGCCAAGCGACAACGAGUUCAAGAAUGACUUCCCCUUCCUCAUUGAGGAUUUAGAAUUUGUUGACGUAUUUGAUCUAAAGGAAGGCGGUGGCCCAGUGGACCUCCACAUGCGACAGAAAGGAUAUUGGCGAAACAAGUCACCAGAGCCCGGUCCAUAUAGCAAAAACCCUAACGCUAGAGCCCCAUCAAGAUAUGUGUACUGCUCCAAAAUUACAGGCGAUUUGAAAAAUCGUCGCUUCCCGAAUGUUAACGACUUCGCCCGCGCUAUCAAUCGCUACUACGGCAGAAUACCUAUGUUUAUAUUCCGACUUAUUGGGGCAGAAGGACACGAUAUCAUCAAUAGCGUACUUAGUGAUCCCAAGAACAGUUUGAUGAUGGAGCAAGUUACAACAGCCUGGUGGCAACUUGUCGACGAUGUGGUGGUAUUGCUAAGAAAUAGCUACGAACAAUUUCUUAAAAGACCUGGUAUUCCUAACGACCUAAAAGCUAAAGCCUCUCGUAACUUACACAAGCUGUAUUUAUCCCAGUCGUUUCACAGUCCAGCAGUCCAACUACCUCGUCUACGUGCGAUCAACCCAAUCUCAACACAGACAUCUGCUACCUCCAUCUUGUCGGACAAUGAACACUCCUUUCUCGAAGAGACAGCAGCUGAGUCCUCUUAAGUGGUAUUUUUUAUGCCAGUCUGCUACAUUGACAAACCUAAUUUUCUCACAGAUACAAUUUCACAACGCAAACGAAAGAGCACACAUAGUUCGGUUUUCCGACGCAAUCCACGUCGACGACAAUUGUACCCUUCUCCAACCCCUAGAUCCUCCUCAGUUGGAUCGUCUACCACUCCAAUUGCGAAUCAACUAGCUCGCCAAAUCCCAGGAAACCCUCUUGCAGUUCAAACUCGUGCUGUAACAUAUAAAGCUAUCUCAAUCCCUGCACCGGCUCUUCCUGUCGAAAACGUACCUCAGCUAGAUAACAGUUCCCAUCUAGACACAAUUUCUCAGUUAUUAUCAAACUCGGAACAGAUUUCUGGAAUUGCUCGGCAGUUGAAAAAUGUUUCUGAGCAGCUCGAAAAAGCCCCAUCCGCUGAGAGUCUAAGGCGAAGUCUUGUGGAGCUAAUGGAGUUUGCUAGUGGAGACUUCUUAGCAGAGGCCGAAAGGCAACGUGAACAAUCGCUUGUCAACCUUACUGCUCAAAGUAAGGACCUGACCAGACAAUUGUUAGCAUAUGUGUUGCCAUAG